AUGUCUGAUGAUGGUAUGGAUCUUUGUGAAAACAUAUGGAGCCAUGAAAUGGCUAUGAGGAGGCUUCUGUUAUUGUUGCGACAGUCACAGUCUCAGUGCAAUGAUAUUGAGUGCUUUCAGCCAAAUCAGCCAAGGAAUGAUGAUGGAUUUAUGAUGAUGACUAUCUGCUGGAUGGUAGUAGCUUUUUUGCUAUAUUUCAUGCGCCCUUCAUCAAUUCGGAAUCGUGAAAAGGAUGUUAAGCCAAACAACAGUGGAAAUGGAAAUGGAGAUGAACCACCAGCUUCUCCCCAUGCGUUAUAA